AUGUCGUGGUGGAGAAGGCGAGCCCGUCGACGCCAGCAAGUGGAGGACGAGGACACCGUAGACAUCGAGAUGAGUGUGACCAUUAUCCUGUGCACCACCGAAGACGAGCAGCGGCGACGCAGCUCCUUCGUCGGGUGUAGAUUCAUUCCAAGAGAUAGGUUCUCUGGUUACCACCGGCUCAUGGUCGAUUAUUUCGCACAUGUUCCUGUCUUUGCAGAGGACAUCUUCCGUAGAAGGUAUUGUGCAAUCCUGAUUGUCAUAGUCUUCUCCGUUGUACACCUCGUUCAUGGGUUCACUUGUACUUCACCUGCUGUCAGGUUCCGAAUGUGCAAAGCCAUGUUCCUAGACAUCAGCAACGACCUUAAUCAAGAUUUCGAGUACUUCCAAAGGUGGUCAAACCAUGCCGGGGUGCCUGGUUUCGCAAUAAUUCAAAAGGUAACAGCUGCGGUUCGUAUGCUUGCUUACGGUGGUGCUGCAGAUAUGUUUGAUGAGUAUGUUAGAAUGAGGGAGAGCACCAUGAUCGAGUGCUUAAACCAUUUCACUAGAGCAGUGAUAGAGAAGUAUGGAGACACUUACCGUAGACAGCCAAAUGACGAUGACAUUGCUAGGUUAUUGCACAAAGCUGAACAAAGAGGCUUCCCUGGUAUGCUAGGUAGUAUAGAUUGCAUGCAUUGGGAGUGGGAGAAGUGUCCAACUUCAUGGCAUGGACAGUACCGAGGGCACCAUAAGAAACCCACCAUUAUUCUUGAAGCAGUUGCAAGCUAUGAUAGGUGGAUGUGGCAUGCAUUUUUUGGAAUGCCUGGGUCUUGCAAUGAUAUCAAUGUUCUUCAUCGUUCCCCUGUUUUUGAUAGCAUUGCAAGUGGAACUGGCCCUCCUGUGACUUACUUUGUUAAUGGUAAUGAGUACAAUAUGGGUUACUAUUUGGCCGAUGGCAUUUACCCUUCAUGGGCAACUCUGAUUAAUGGUGUACCCAGACCACAAAGCAACAAGCACAAAUACUUCACACAGAAGCAAUCUGAAUAUAGGAAAGAUGUGGAGUGUGCCUUUGGUCGAAUCCAGUCCAUGUGGGGGAUUAUGAAAGGUCCUGCCAGGCUGUGGAACCCUGUUGACCUCAACUGCAUUGUGGAGUGCGUUGUGAUCCUAAACAACAUGGGCAUUCAGUAUGAGGCCAACAUGGAACACAUUUCCAAUGAAGAGUAUCAAAGUUUCAGUGAUGAGGCAACUAUUUCAUUACCUGGUACUCGAAAUAUUUCAGAGAUUGCCAGGUUGAUAGAAGGUCACAAGCUCAUUCAAAGCCGUGCUGCAAACGAAGAGUUGAAAGCUGACCUCAUCGAGCAUGUUUGGAAUUUCAAUGGAUCGACCUAG